AUGGACCGGCUGGUCGAGGCGACGCUGAAGCACGGCCUCGUGCCCCCCGUCGUGAUGGAGUUCCCCGGCAUCACGGCCGGGGGCGGCUUCGCCGGCACAGCGGGCGAAAGCAGCUCGUUCAAGUACGGGUUCUUCGACCGCACGAUCAACUCGGUCGAGAUGGUCAUGGCGGACGGCAGCGUACUCAAGGCGUCCGAGACCGAGAACGCGGAUCUGUUUCGCGGCGCCGCUGGCGCUGUCGGCAGUCUGGGCGUGACCACUCUCAUCGAGCUGCAGCUGAUCGAGGCCAAGAAGUUCGUCAAGGCCACAUACCACCCGCACAAGUCGGUGGGCGAGUCCAUCCAGGCCGUGCAGACGCACACCGGCAACGCCGACAACGACUACGUCGACGGCAUGCUGUUCUCGCCCGACCACGGCGUCGUCGUCGCCGGCGAGAUGACCGAUGAGCUGCCCCGUUCCCUCGCGCAGCCCCAGACCUUCAGCCAUGCCUGGGACCCCUGGUUCUACCUGCACGUGCAGGACAAGACGCGUGCCCGCGCCGCCCCGGUCACCGACUACAUCCCGCUGGCGGAGUACCUGUUCCGCUACGACCGCGGCGGGUUCUGGGUCGGCCGCUCGGCGUUCGAUUACUUCCGCUUCCCGUUCAACCGGUACACGCGGUGGUGGCUGGACGACUUCCUGCACACGCGCAUGCUGUACAAAGCGCUGCAUGCGAGCGGCGAGGCGAGCCGCUACGUCGUCCAGGAUCUGGCGCUGCCGUAUUCCACUGCGGAGUCGUUCAUCGAAUACACGCACAAGAAGCUCGAUAUCUGGCCGCUGUGGCUGUGUCCGCUCAAGCAGAGCCCUGCGCCGACGUUCCACCCGCACAGCGGCGAUGUCGAGGCGGACGGCCGCACGCCGCAGCAGAUGUUGAACAUCGGUGUUUGGGGAUUUGGUCCUGCGGACCCGGAUGCGUUUGUCGCUGCGAACCGGGAUCUUGAACGGCGGCUGCGCGAGCUGGGAGGCAUGAAGUGGUUCUACGCGCAUACGUACUACGGCGAGGACGAGUUCUGGAACAUCUAUGAUCGCGAGUGGUAUGAGGGCCUGCGACAGAAGUACUCGGCAACCACGCUGCCUAGUGUGUAUGACAAGGUGAAGAUUGAUGUGGAGGCGGACCGCAAAGAGCGUCAGGAGUCGUGGAGUCGCUGGGCGAGGUCGUUCUGGCCGCUGGGUGAGCACCACAUCCUCGCCAAAAGGAUACCACUUCACGUCCGUCAACCGGGACGCAGGAAUGGCAGCUCCGUGGGCAUCGACCCUCCGCUUAGGCGAGACUACUACACCUCCCUGGCCCAGCCAUGUCGGCGCAAUAGUAACGAUCACAGAGUUGAUCAGCGAUUGAAACGAUGGCUCCAGCAGGGAGUUGAUGAUCCUGCCUCCUCCCUCGAUCAUGACACUGUGCAGACCUUCACGCACGAGGGCGCGCAACAACCCCGUCCAGUCAAUCGUAUGCUCCCCACUCUCCGACGUCACGACCUCAAGCGUGAUGAACUUUCCUCCAUGCUUUUCCAAGAUGGCCUGCUGUAUCGCUGGUGGAGACCGCUCCCCCGUGAUAAUGUACGGAGCCCGUCCCUUUCCCUCUCGCGCUAG